AUGGGUCUGCUGAGUUCCAAACACUCCAAAGUCAAACCAGCUAAGAUAUUAAUGCUGGGACUUGAUUCAGCCGGGAAAUCUACACUAUUGUACAAGUUAAAGUUUAAUGAUGUUUUCCUAACACUCCCAACAAUCGGUUUUAAUGUGGAGAUGAUUGAAACAGGGCAAAAUAUUGCUAUAACAAUCUGGGAUGUUGGAGGGCAACAGAAAAUGAGGACAUUUUGGUGCAAUUACUUUGAAAAUGCAGAUGGCCUGGUGUACGUUGUGGACAGCACUGAUAAGCAACGUCUGGAAGAUUCAAAGAAAGAAUUUGAACUCCUCUUAAAGAAUGAAUUUGUAAAGAAUGUGCCUAUUGUUUUGCUAGCUAACAAGCAGGAUCUUCCUGGAGCUUUGAACGCUGAGGAAAUAACCAGGAAAUUCAACAUGCAGAAACAUUGCAGUGAUAGAAAUUGGUAUGUACAGCCUUGUUGUGCGAUCUCUGGGGAAGGUCUGGCAGAAGCAUUCCAGAGAAUAACAGCAUUUGCAAAAAACUGCAAAAAAUCCAGAGAAGAAGCUUUUACAAUUUUCAAGCAAGAUGAAAAGUUGUAAGAGUCUUCAUUAUCCCAAUCUGGGGAAAGCUAACAUGGAGAGUUUAUUAUGGGAAUGAAAUCUACAUAUUGAAUUCUGCAGAUCUUUUAAAAGACUAUUAUAUAGCAAAAUGUAGUCAGAGCAAGCUAAAUUACUAUGUUGUUACAUUUGCAUACUCUUUCAGAGCUACUGUUUCACAGCAUUUUAAUUAAAUGACAGAUUUGUAUCCUAAG